AUGGAUAAGAAUGAGGAGGAGGCGAAAACAAAUGGCAGUAAGACACUGCUGAUCCGUCACCUACCUGCUGAGCUCAACCGUGAUGAGAAGGAGGACCUUCUGAGGUAUUUUGGAGCUGAAUCAGUCCGCGUCCUCCCAUGCACAGGUCGUCUGAAACACGCAGCCUUUGCAACCUUUAGGGCUGAGAAAUCAGCGUCAAAGGCUCUGACAAGACUCCAUCAGUUUGAGAUCCUUGAUCAUACACUUGUAGCAGAGUUUGCAAAAGGGCAAGAUCAUGUCACAGUAUUAAAGGACCCACCAGUAUCAGACAGUGACAAAAAUGAGAAACGGGAGCAGAAAAAACAAGAGACCAAACAGCCAAGUGUUCCUCUCAUAGAAAGUGGCAUUGCACCUAGCCUAGGGUUGAAAUUCCAAUCAAAUCCCACGUUGAAGUAUUUAUACCCACCGCCUUCUAACGGCAUCCUCACCAACAUUUCCCACGCCCUCAUAAGUGUGCCAAAGUUUUAUGUUCAGGUGCUUCAUCUGAUGAACAGGAUGAAUCUACCGUGUCCUUUUGGACCCGUCACUGCCAGACCCCCCCUGUACGAGCUGCUGCCUCCGGCGCCGCCUUUCCCCAUGCGCCCCCCCAUGCCCCCAGAUUACCCGCCAUUACCCGAGCAGGAGGCGGAGCGGUCCAGCGAAGAAUCGGAGUAUGAGAGCGGAGAUGACGAGGACAAGGAGAGGAUUGUUCGUCUGAUGGUCAACCAAGCAUGCAAGAGACCCCUGAGACCCAAGACAUCUUCAAAGAGAAAGAAGCCCAAGAUCAAGGAUCUACUCUACGCUCCCAAAGCCGACUCUCAGAGUACGCCGGCGCUGCAGCCCUCCGACGUGUUCGAGCAGCCGCACCCGGCCGGACCCAGGAAAAUCGAAUUCCACAUUUCGGUUCCAGAGGCGUCGGUCCAAGCGGAGGGAGGGGGACCGGGUCAGGAGACGCCGUCCAGAGACACAGGAGUGGGUGAAGGUGACGUCGACCCCAGUAAUGAGGAGGUGGCGGAGGGUUUCGGGAAGCUCUACCCCAGCACACAACCGUCGCAACAACAAGAGGAGCACAGUGACGAUGACCAAGACUUUACCUCAGAUGUCAUCUCCAGGAAGGAGCUGGAGAGAGGACGGCUAUCCAGAGACGAGAUAAAAAGGAUGUCUGUGUUUAAGAAUUAUGAACCGGGCGAGCCAACCUGCAGACUGUACGUGAAGAAUAUCGCAAAGCAAGUGGAAGAGAAAGAUCUGAAGUACAUCUACGGAAGAUACGUCAACCCAUCAUCAGACAACGAGAGAAACAUGUUCGAUGUGGUGUUAAUGAAGGAGGGGCGGAUGAAAGGGCAGGCCUUCGUCGGACUCCCUAGCGAGCAGAGUGCCGAGAAAGCCCUGCGGGACACCAACGGCUACGUUCUCUACGACAAACCUCUUGUUGUCCAAUUUGCCCGGUCUGCCAGACCCAAACCAGACGCCACGGACGCCAAGAAAGGCUCGAAGCAGCGGUGAAUGGACCAGGCGCUGGUGAUCAGACGUCGCCGCCGCCUUCUUUUUUACCAUUAAAUAAAAAUACUGCAUUAAAAGACGUUUUGUCGCAUUUCCUUUGUCACAGCCUUUAACAUAUGCCUCCAUUUGUGGGUACACCUCAGUCAAACUAUCAUAACUGAUUAUCUUUAGUCCCAAACUUAAAGCUCUGACAGCCGAGUAAAUACAGACUGGGGAAGUUAUAUGAGAUCUAGAUUGGCUCUGCAGCAGAUGGUAGGCUGUCAACACAGAGGAACAACCGCAGUCCUGAAGAGACAGCAAACAAACCAAACAGACUGCAGUCGGUGGGAAAUUGCUAGGACUGGGUUAGCUU